UUCUCCCAAAUCGAAGACGAGGGAAGGCGAGAUCAAGAAGGGCAAGAAAAAGAUCGAACAAGAGGAGAUCGCGAGGGGUUCUUGGAGGACGUGAUGGCGUUGAAAUUUCUAAACAAGAAGGGAUGGCACACCGGGAGCCUCCGAAACAUCGAGAACGUGUGGAAGGCGGAGCAGAAGCAUGAGGCCGAGCAGCGCAAGCUCGAGGAGCUCCGCAAGCAAAUCCAGGACGAGCGCGAGAAGUCCGAGUUCCGCCUCCUCCAGGAACAGGCCGACCUCGUCCCGAGGCAAGAAAGGUUGGAUUUUCUCUACGAGUCAGGAUUGGCGGUGGGAAAGGGGAGCUCAGAUGGGUUGAAGGCUCUUCAAGCACCACCAGCGGCGGCUUCCACUACCUCAACAUCCGAGGGUAGUUCCUCCAAGGGGCAAUUCUUUUAGGAUUAUUAUGUACUUUUAUCAUGAUUUUCAUUUUUUGUGAAUCAUCAUGAUUGAGUAUAAAGAUAUGGCGUAUUGCGUGA